UUGGGUCUUGGGGUUCUAGAACCAGUACCAGAACCAAUCGAAAUUCUGUCCUUAACUCAAAAUAAUAUAUAAAGGGCACAAACAACAUCUUCCAUUUUUCUUUCACCACCCUGAUUUUUCUUCCUCUCCUCUCUCUCUCUCUCUCUCUCUCUGAAAACCCUAAUUACAGCUGUGCCGUUUAUCUCUCUCCUUGUCUCAACGGAGACAAAUUUAGCAAUAAGAUCAGAUGGAGUGGUCAUUCUCUCUGUGUGCAGAGUAAUUGUCAUUUCAGUGUAAAAGGGUAUAUCGGAAGCAGACCAAUGGAGGCUAACAUAUGUGAUGUCAAUCAUUUGGAUGCCGAUGUCUUAUUGCCUCCACGAAAGCGUCUGCUUGCUGGAUUGAAGAAACAGAGUCCGGAUGGUGAUGGAUCUUCAUGGCUGUCUCUAGUUGCUUCUUCAGCUUCAGCAUCAGCUUCGGCAUCUGCAUCUUCCUCUUCAUCGCCUUCUUCAAGUGAAUUUAACACACGUCUUAACAAUAUAUUGAGUUCUCAUAACCCUAACCUUUCACCUGAGGAGCUGGUAGAGAUCUCAAAUUUAGCUGCUGCUGCUGCAGCUAAGGCUGCAGAGGAUGCAAGAGCUGCAGCUGAAGAGAAAGCUGGCAUAGCUGCAAAGGCUGUGGCUGCAGCCAAGAGUGCUUUAGAAUUGGUUGCCUCUUUUUCUGAAGAUGUAGGCUGCAAGGAAAAAUACCUGAAAAAGAACAAGCUCAAGAAGCAUGUUCCAGUUCAGCUUUUGUACAAAAAAUACCAACCAAUUGAGAAUUGCAAGAAAGAUGAAGAGUUGGCCCGAAAGUUGCAUAGAGCUAUAAAUAGCUCACCGAGAAUCUCAAAGAAUUCAUCAAGUACUGACUCGAAAGGUCAUAAACACAAGAAGCCUAAAAUCAUGCACAGUUCUGAGAAAGUUAGGGUUUCCAAUGGGGGUAUUGAGUUGGAACAAAACCCUGAACCUGCUUGCAAUGGACAUGCAGUAGCAGGUAAGGUCAAUGUUGAAGGCACCAUUCUAGAGUUGUACAAAAACAAAGCCGAAGAAAAAGCUUAUAGACAUGAUAAAGCUGGUCGAUUGGAGAUGGAUAAUGGGGAAGCAGAAUCAAGUCAGAUGAAGGAAAAAAGUUGGGAUGAUGUGUGUACUAGUGGUAAAAAGAGGGGAAGGGUGAAGCUAAAAAAGUUGCCUUUAAGCAUUUGCACCUUCAGGGAUCAAGCAAAUCCCAAAGAAGAAAUGGAUGCAAGAGGCUCUCCAUUGACUGUCGUGAACAGGGGCAAUCCUACUGCUGGAAAGAAGCCUUUGUUUCCUGUGGAGUCUUCUGCUGAUAGUAUGCUGCCAAUUGAGGCCACACCAGUGUGGAAAUACCAGGAUUUCAAGGCGCCUGCGUGUGUGAAACAAAAUAAAGUCAUGCAGUCAUAAUAUUGCUGAAUUGAUAUUUUGUGACAGGUGGCUAUAAGAUAGAAUGGGAUAGCUGAGGUAGGAUUCACGAUGUUCUUCGCUUCUUAUAGAAACGGCCCUUAUUUUGAUUUAUCUUUUUGCUCCUUUUGGUUUUGUAAUGAACUUGGAACUGACUACAUGUAAAUUUAGAUGUUAAAUUGCUGCUUGCGUCCGU